AUGGACUCGGACUCCAAAAACGCGUCUUGGGUAGACCGCCUAGUCUUUGAACCCAUAGAACCCAUACCUGUACUAGUAGUACCAAAAGAAUUAGAAGAGGAAGACAAAGAUGUAGUUAAAAAUCCAAGUUUAUCUUUCAGCCUGAUCAGCUGGAACAUCUUGGCAGAAAACUACUGCAGUCGCACGUCUCAUCCGGGAUUGCCUACCCAGUACCAGCAGGUAGUCUUUCAAAAGGAGCGAAGAGGCAGCUUGAUUAGAAAGAUACUUUCAAGCACUUUCAAUCCAUGUAAUGGCAAUGACAAUGACAAUGACAAGACUGAUCCACCAGACUUUUGGGCCUUGCAAGAAGUGGACAUGGAUGAAAUCAAAACCAAGUUUCUAAGUCCAACAACUACCAAUUACCAAGCCAUGGAAACCACACGCAUGAAGAUUGGAAGUGGGGCUGGAGGAAAGGCAGAUUCCUGUGGUAUUUACUGGCUGAAAGAUAAGUGGGAAUUGUUGGAUUCCAAAACCGUUCAAUUCGAUGAUUUGGCAACCUUGCCAGCAGAACCAGAUGGCAGCAUUGAAUCCAUAAGAAACAAUCUCAUGGGACUUCAACGGAGCUUUCUGCGACGCAAUGUCGGUCUCAUAGUCCGGCUCAAAUCCAAAUCACAUCCCAACCAUACCAUUGUAAUCGCCAAUACACACUUGUUCUGGAAUCCAAGAUAUGAAUAUGUCAAACUGUGCCAAACGCAUUACUUGAUGGUGCAAGUCAAACACUUUCUAAACCAACCAGGCGAACCAUUUGUUCUAUGUGGAGAUUUCAAUUCACUACCCAAGAGUUCCGUACACGCCUAUCUAGCCAAUGGACACGUCAAUGCCACUCUAGUGGCUCCUUGGUGCUGCAACAAUAAGGAAAACAACAAUGAAGACAACGAGGACAACAACGUUGACGAUGACACCCAACAGGGCAGAACUGGAGCGGCUGUUGACGCUGCUGCACAAGAUCUGUCCACACUCACUGUCACCAGCAACGCCAAUGACUCAACAACAAAAAUGCCAGUAUUAGUAGUACUGCCUGCCUAUGAAGAAUCACCAGCCAAUGAAUCCAACAGACACCACCACCACCAACCGCGGCAAAGUCGUCCACAAAUCAGAUAUCUUUUGGACUACACGCUCAAUCGCCUGUGCCGAUGGUUCCGCAUUUUGGGGAUCGAUGCGGCUCUCGAAACGGCCGACCAAGAAAUACAACGCACCAAAGAUGGAAACAUUGUCGUCUUUGAACAAUGUCAGCAACAGGGAAGGGUUCUCAUUACCACAUCCAAUACACUCCUCGAACGAACGAAUUGUCCCCCAGGGACUUACCUCAUUCGUCCAAAAUCAUUGGCGGCCAAUUGGGAAAUUGUACUGGUGCACGUGCUUCUGACACACGGGAUCACCUUGGAUCCCAGCAAAUUCUUGACACGCUGUGUCGUUUGCAAUGGUACCAUUCAUGCCGUUCACGAUACAACUCGGAAACGACAAAUAUUUGACAAGCAUCAAGCUCCUGUCGAAGAGUCGGAAGAUCUGGCUGUCUAUCAAUGUAAUGGUUGUGAACAGGGAUACUGGUGGAGUGAUCGACCCGAGAGUUCGGCGUCACGCGUCAAGGAUCAAGCCACUCGUUUGUAUCAACUCUGCCUCCGUGCCCAUGUCCCCACAACCGAGACGCGGCGACACAUGUUUGAGCACGUGGAUGUGGCAGCCGAGAGAAAACGAGGCUGGGACUGGACCAUGAAAGGGAGUGAGUUGUUGAAACUCAAGCUGCAAGUAUCUGAAUGGCUAAAGGAGGGACGAUUGACGUGUCCAUUACAGCAACAACAUUUACAGAGUGUCUACAACAAAGACAGCAGCAGAUCAUGUGGCGAGACGGAAGAAGGAGAUGCUGCUGAUGAGCUGCUACCAUUUACGAAUGUGACUCGCGAUUUUGAAGGGUGCCUCGAUUACAUCUUUUACGGUAGCAAGUCCCUCGUGGCGACGGAUCGACUUUACGUUCCCACUACACACAAAGAACUCAGCAACGAUCAAGAAUUGAGCUAUGGACAUCUUCUCCCCAGUGAUGUUUGGCCCAGUGAUCACUUGGCUAUAGGAGCACGACUGCAGUUGCGUGCCACAAAGAUGAAUGGCGAGCACUGA